UACUACAGAAUCAUUGUGAGUUGUGAUUGCUUUGUCGUUUGCCCGGUCAUAUGAUAAGUCUCUUUGUGUGGUGAUCCGGUGAUCGACCGCCGAGUUGAAAAGGAAGGUAAAACUGUCGUCGCCGCACUAAAGAAUAAUCAGCCGAGUGAACGGUGAAAGUCAGCGCACUGUGAUUCGUCUUAGAGCGAUUCGUGGUGAAUACUGACUGAGACUCUGUCUCACUCAACGCGCUUAUAGCGCCCAGUCGACACUCGUCGAUAGUGCGACUACACGUCCUGCCGUUUGUUGAUCCGUUAAAAUUAAUAUUUCGUAUACGACAAAUGGUGCGGUAAACGAAGAGCUACUUAUGCGACCAGUGCCGGGCACUUUGAGUUGUGCCGUCGCGCGUCUGCACGCCCGGAAGUUUAGAAUGGAUAAAGGAAACAAAUUCAUUCGGCCAUUAGGAUUCAGGCGACGAACCAGAUCUGCCAGUAGCGUUGCAUAUCCUGACAAUAAAGCUCAAAGUGAUGACUCCAGUAGUAAUUCCAAAGAUGUAGGAGUGUCUAGUAUUUAUCAUAGCGAUUCAGAUGAUAUAAGUGGUGCUCCACAACCAAUUCGAUUUGCUUUAUUAUCAAAAAAUCUAAUGCAUUUGGAAUCUGAUUCAGUCAAUGAAAACUUUACCCCAGGAAGGCCAUUCACUAGAAGAAAAAGAAAAUUCAAAAAGAUGAUUGUUGAUCCAGAUGUAAAGUUCCCAUCACAAAUGACUAGUAGUUAUUCUCAAAGUAGUAGCAGUGAGAAAAGAAGAAAUACACGUCAUUCUGCUAGUAUGCCAAGAAACUGUGGGUCAUUAAUAUUGGCUAUUGGUAAAAGAAAGCGCAGUAAUCGAGAAAUUAUAGCUGGCCAUCAGGGUACUUCAAAUAUCAAAUCAAUGGAUAUUGAUGUUGCCAGUAGCUCAAGUAGUAUUAGUUCCUCAGAAAGUGAAGCUGGAAUUUAUACUAAUGAUGAAGGCAGAGAAGGAGAUGAUGAACAGAGUGAUUGGGUUGGUAAUGCAUGUGGAGCUGGUGGAGUGACUGAUGAUGAUGCUGAACCAAUUAAAAUUGAUUGUCAGAAAUUAUUAUCUGUUAAUUUACAAAAUAACACUUUAACUGAAGGAAGAGGACCUGGACGUAUGCCGAUGUGGCAUAGAAAUACUUUUCUUAAGAAAAGUGAUAGAGAAAUUCGUGGAGGCUUACGCAGAGUUCGAUCAGUUAAACCUAGUUUCUCUGUUUUGACAUCUGCUAAUGAUAAAGUAUCUCGGUUCUUACGGGAUCCUGCACAGUCUGAAUUAAGAUUGCAUCCAAUGCCUAAAAACGAGCAAGACCAACUAUCACAUUUAGCAGAAAUGUAUUCCCUUCAUAUGCAACUCAAUGACUCGCCAAAAAAAGGAGUGACUCUGACAAAAACUGACAAUACAAUUCAAGUAGAUUUAGAAGCUCCAUUUUCGCAUCUUAAUCCAUCAAAAGAUCACAAAAGGAAGAAAUCUGCAUCUUCUGAAUUAAGUUUAGGCUUGCAAGCAUUACAUAAUCAAGCAUGGAUACCUAUUGUUCUAGAAGACAAACCUUGCACAUCAUCUCAGACAGAAACUUCAAAUCAGAACAAGUGAUCAUUAUUACAUACUUGUGCCAACUAGUAAGGCUGAAACUCAUUGAAAAUGCAGCUUCAUCACGCUUCUUUUAUUAUUUAUAUAUUAUAUAUGUAAAAUAUUAUAAUAAUUUGUUGACAUGUAAUUUGUGUACCAAAAAUGCAUGUUAGAUAAGAGUAAUACCCUAAGUAUUACUAUUAAUGAUUGAAACAGUCAUUAUUAUAUAUUGACUUAUUAAUUUACCAAUCAAUUUCAGUCAUUAUUUUUAAGAUGAGUUUAUCUAUCAUAUUUAAACUCGGAGGUCGAAAUACUCUUGGAACUAUUACUUUCUAAAUUCUCACUUCUCAGUAUUCUUAACAUUCUGUUGAACUUUUUUAAAUUGUUUUAAAAGUAUAGCUUUUUAUGUUUAAACUCUUAAAAUUGAUAUUCAUUUUAACCUAUAACACUCCUUAUGUACACUUUUAGGUAUUAUUUUUAUGUUACUAUUCCAUGUAUUUAUAAUCAGUAAAGUUUUAUCAUAUAAUUUACAUGCUCAUAUUCAUGAUGAACUAUUAUGUAACUUUAUGUAUGAAUGUGAUCAUAAUUUCUUGGUUUAUAAGGCAUAACA